UUUCUUUUUUUUUCAGAUUGAAAAUCUGUAGAAACAUAACACUAGACAGAUAAAAUGUUAUUCCAGGAGAAUAUGACAAAUUAUGUUACUUUUCAGACCAAAUUAACCUCCGUUAUGGAUGUGUUGGCCAAAACUGCGGUGGCAGAAAUAAGUAAAUUAUUCGAUGAUGGGUUUGCUGUUUUACGCUUGGAAAUGUGCAGAAGAGAAAAUGAAAUAGAAGCCUUAAAAAUCAAAUUAUUGUUUAUGGAGAACGAACGGCAAACGACAAGGUCCAAAGCGCGAGAAGCAGGCUGUUCUUCCACAUGCUCUUCGUCUGCCAGCAGAACAGAGCAGGGGUCCAAAGGCUGUGAUGAGGAUCCUGGUGAAAGGACUUCAUUUGAGCAGAACGCCAGAGAGAAAGACGACCAACUGCAUCAAAAUAGACCACAGCCACCUGCAGAAGAAGUAGAAGGACUUGAACAGAACAGGUCAGGCCACAGAGAGAAGGAUAGUGGACUAGAGUUAGUGAAGAGAGAGCAGGAAGAGUAUGAUGUCAUUUCACUACAUACAUCAGUAAGUGAACAUGGCACAGAGAGAUCAGAUCAUGAGGAAACUGCGUUUGCUGUGGAUGAGAGAGAGAGUCAGCUCUGGGAGUCUUUAACAGAGCGCAACUGUGACUCAGAGGGUCCAGGUUACCAUAAGUGCACAGUACAAUAUCCACUGGAUCAAGAUACAGACAUACAGCUCAUUCAAAGUGCAGUGGAGGGUCUCGAAAGCAUUCCAUCAUCUGAGAUGGGUGACAUUAACAGAGUUAUGAAAGAAGAGAUGCGAGCACAGUCUGUUUGGAAUGACAGAAGGACCCCUACAGAUUUGGAUCAGGCACAGCCAGGACAGCACAGAGAAACCAUGCACCCAGAGAGAACCCAGGAUGGGACAGCUACCAGAGUGCCAUCAGACAAACAAACACUAGCCAAUGAGGGUGCAGGAUAUUCAAAUGUUUGGCUAAACAACGUAUUCUCACUUGCCCCAAAUUGUUCAAAUGGUUUCAACUCAGCAAAGGUAUCCCCAAGGAGAACCCCAGCAAGAGAGAAGUGGUUUGUUUGCUCCUUUUGUGGAAAGAGCUUUGACCGGUUUGGUCACCUGGAGAUGCAUCAGCGGAUUCAUACGGGAGAAAAACCGUACAGCUGUGUCACGUGCGGGAGGUGUUUCGCUCAGCAGAGUAAUCUCCGCAGACACCAGCGAGUACACAGGGCCUCACAACAAAGCAAACUGUCUACUGAUCGUUAUCACCAUGACUAG